GUAGAAAGAGAAUCUGUGGCUUGGAUCACCGAAAUUUGACGUAUUUCCGUUUGUGUUUUAGAGGUUCUUUCUUUCGGACGUUUGUCGAAGCACGUAUCAGUUGAUUUGAAGUCAAAAUGGCUGAAGCAGAAGCUAUCAAGAAAAAACGUACUUUCAAAAAGUUCACCUACAGAGGUGUGGAUCUGGAUCAACUUUUGGACAUUUCCACUGAGCAGUUAUCGGAAUUGAUGAACUGCCGUGCCAGGAGGCGUUUCAGCCGUGGAUUGAAGAGGAAGCCCAUGGCCCUGUUGAAAAAACUCCGCAAGGCAAAGAAAGAGGCACCUCCACUAGAGAAGCCAGAAAUUGUCAAGACUCACCUCCGAAACAUGAUUAUUGUCCCAGAAAUGGUAGGAUCCAUCGUCGGUGUUUACAACGGUAAAGCUUUUACACAAGUUGAAAUCAAACCAGAAAUGAUUGGACAUUACUUGGGAGAAUUUUCGUUGACAUACAAACCUGUAAAACACGGUAGGCCAGGUAUUGGUGCUACCCACAGUUCUAGGUUCAUUCCUCUGAAAUAAGUUUGUAAGUACAUAAUAAAUGGUUUGAAAAGCGAA